AUGGCCUCCAUGCGUAUGGCUGCAGGCACCCCGUCGCUCGGGCUUGUCGGCACGCCGGCUGGCGGAGGCUCAGCCGGCGGCGGCGGCGGCGGCGGUGGUGGUGGUGGUGGACAAGGCGCAGCAGGCGGUAUAGGGGCGAUGGCUGGCGGGACAGGGGCGAUGGCUGGUGGAAGCGGUAAUGGCGGAGGUGAAGAGCGGAAGGAUCCGUUCUGGGAGGCGGAAAAGGCUCGGAUGGCGGCAGAGGAGGCCGAGGAGGCCGCCAGGCAGCGGGAGCGGGCCAAGCUGUUUGCCUCUACCAAGCUCAAGAAGGAGAAGAAGAAGACCUGGCUCUCAAAGGUCGACGUCGCCUCGUCGGGCUCGGUUGGCUCGCUGGUAGCGACGUCAGAUAUGGACCGCGAUGGCGACGACAUGCUGCGAUCAGUCUCGUCCAUGGGCGCCCUCGCUGUCAAGGGCGGCGCCGUGCCCAUGCGGCGCAAGGCUCGCGGCCCGUCGGGCCUCCGUGCCUUAUCCAGCGCUAACGAGACUGGUGGCGGAGGCAAUUUCUCUCCGAGCCCGAGCAAGUCUGAAGUGACCACUGUGGGGAAGAAGGACUCGCUCGAGGCCCAGCUCGAGGCCGAGAACGAGCUCAUGAUCGACGUCCACAUCGAGAUGGGCACAGACAUUGAGACUGUUCUUGUCGACCAGGCCUCGUCGCUUGCGGCCCGGGCACGCAUGAGCAACCUUGAUGUGUUGCAAGAGGACAACGCCAUUCUGCGUGCCGCCUUUGGCGGUGCCCUCUCCGAGAAGGAGGUCCAGGAGCGCAUGGCCGCCCUCACCUCGCGCCGCCUCAUGCUCUCUAUGGCCGACACCUCCAAGCCGCUGUCGGACAUGCUCCGCGACAUUCAGGCGAAGGAGAAGCGCCUUGCCGACGAGCGUACCGCCCGCCUCGCUCGCAAGGCCAAGCGCAUCAAGGACCAUCAGCGCAAACUGAAAGAGGAGGCCAAGGCUGCCGAGGAGGAGCGCGCAAAGCGUCUUCGUGAGGAAGAGUCGCUUAAGCUCAAAAAGGCCCGCAUCCGCGAGUCACGCAAGCGCUCGCUCACACUCACCCAACAGGACGAAAAGGCCGAGUGGGCCGCGGAGCUCGCCCGCCGCCGCAACGCCGCCCUCGCAGCAUCUCGCAAGCGCAAGAGCGCCGCAGCCUCCUCGUCUCAUGGCGGCUCGUCGCCGGCCGGCCAUCGCGCCGUUUCCACCGCCCACCGCAAGAAAACGGCGUCCGACAACUGGAAGCGUGCCCGCGACUCUGCCCGCCGCUCGCGCCCCUCCAAGCGCCCCAGCCACGGAACGCUGUCCUCAAGCGAGACCAGCAGCAGCAAGGGCAAAGCCUCAGCCUCGCACACCCACCUCUCACCCGAUCAGCUCGCUCGCAUCGCUGCCCUCAUCGGCACCGUCCAGCCGCGCCACGCCGUCGACGCCCUCCUCGACGCCGCUGAAAAGUCGGCCAAGUCGAACAAGGCCCUUCACACGCAAGUUGCCCACCUCAAGAAGCUCACCCACAAUCUUCGGCCUGACGGCUCGUGCCGGAGCUGCGAGGAGCUCCGUGCCGAAAUCGACGCCCUCCGCGCCAAGAUGCACAAGCUCGAGGACGAGCCCGAAAUGUGGAAGGCCAAGUACGAGGCCCUUGUCCUCGAGACCGAGUCGGGCGGUUCGCUGCAGGACAAGCUCGCUAUCGACCGCCUCCGCCGCAAGACGAACAAGCUCACCACUCUCCUCGCCGAGUACUCAGAGAAGGCGACCCACCUCGAGACUCUCGUCGCAGCCUCCGCCGCCGACGAUCUCAAGCCCUGGGUCGACGUCCUCCACCUCGAGAACACCACGCUUGACCCGCUUGCCUACGUCCUCCUCCGCCGUCUCGAGGCCAACACGGUCACCAUCCGCGAGCUCUGCUCUGAGCUCACCGCCUCCGAGGCCGCCGUCGCCGACAUCACCGCCCAGCGCGAGGGCCUCCGCGAGCUCCUCGCCGCGGCACGCACCCAGAUGGACGAGCUCCAGAACGAGGUCCUCACCAAGCGCCUCGAUGCCGCCGUCAAAGCCGCCUCGGACACCGAGGCCGGCUACGCCGCAAUGAUGGCGCGCAUGUCGCGGCCUGCUGCGUCGGCCUCCGCCCCACUCGUAGCGGGGGCUCCUUCUCUCGACGAGCCGACUGCGUCGCACCCGGCCUCGCCGCAGGCUAGCGGCCUGCCGUCGGCCGACUCCAUGUUCCCCACCCCUGCGCCGCUGAUGGCCUGGGGCGAGGAGCAGGCGCGCGCCGGUGGCUCGGCGUCGCCGUCCAAGCGGGUCCGUCUCGACCCGCACGACGACGAGUCGCCAAGCCGACUCCGCCGCCGCCGGCAGGCCCAAUCGCCGCUCCACGGAGGCUCCCGCCGUGGACCCCGCACUUUGCCAGCUGCGAGGCAGGCGACGCAGAGCGAUGGCACCCGCGGCGACGCCGCCGUUGUCGCCGUUCUCGCCAAGCGAGUCAAGACCCUUGUGGCCGCAAGCAUGGCACAGUACAGCGUGCUGAGUGCCGUCGAGCGCGAGCUCUCGGCGUCGCGCGAGACGGUGGCCCAGCUGGAGGGCGCCAACGCAGCUCUGCGCGCCGAGGCUGCCGCCGCCCGCAAGCUUGCGGCGCCGUCGCAGGCCGCGUGGGACGCGGUCCAGGAUGUGCUCGCUGCCAUGGAGGCCGACCGCGGCAGUGUCCGCGAGGCCCAUACCAAGGCCCUCGCCCUCCGCGAUACCCUAGUCGGCCUUGAGGCCGAAGUUGCCCGCUCCGAUCGCAAGAUCUCCAUGCUCAACCGCGAAGUUGCCGGCUAUGCCGAGGCUACAGCCCGCAACAAGGCGCUCGGCGCAGCCAAGGCCGCCCUCCUUGCUGCCAACGGCAAGCUUGAGGCCGAGACCAAGGCCCUCCGAGAGCGGGUCGACUCGCUCGAGGCCGAUGCCCGCGAGCUGGGCCGCACUCGCCAAGACGCCGAUGCCGCCCACCGCCGGGCCGACCUGCUUGCCAGCCAAAGCCAACUCCUCGUCACCACCAUCUCGGACUUGUGCGACGUGGUCCGGGCCCGGACACGGCUCUCUGAGGACCACCUCGCCCGCCUCGACAACGCCCCGCUCUCGCUGCACGCUGUCGCUGAGUAUCUGCAAACGCUUGCGCUACCUGGCGUACUCAUUGACGACGACCAAGAUGACAGUGCAGGCUCUGCAGCCGCCACCUCCGCAUCCGCAUCCGCCUCGCGCGACAUGGCGUCAGGCGAUCCGCACUCGACGCUGUUUGUGACACAGAGCAGACGCGGUCACCACCACCAACGGCGGUCGCACAGCCCGACGGACGGCGGAGUGGCGGCCGAGAUUGCCGCCAAGCGGGCGGCUGCGCUCACCGAGGUUCGCGACCACCUCGCGCGAGGCAACGAGUACGCCGCCAUUGUCAACGAGGUCCGCGCCCAUCUCCGGGCGUGGUCGGACGCGGUCCGCGGCAGCGUCGUCGACGCGCACCGGAUCCUGAUUGUCUCACAGCGGGCGAUGGGCCGGGCGCAGGCUGCGGCGUGAAGCUUGCCUGGCGGCUGCGUGGCGAGGGGGGGCACGAGAGUGGGGCUGCGUGUUACUGCAAAGCACAAAGCUUAACCAAGCUUAGUUGUUCAUGUACGAGGCCGAGUCGACAACGUCGGGCAGCUCGGUGAUGUUGACCUCAAAGUGCGACUGGACCUUCUCGAGGAUGUCGGCGUCCUCGGCGUUGCCGGUGACAAACGAGAUGGCGAGACCCUUGGUGCCGAAGCGGCCGGCGCGGCCGACACGGUGCAGGUACUGCAUGUGGUCGGUGGGCAUGUCGUAGUUGAUGACGAUGUUGACGCGCUCGAUGUCGAUGCCGCGGCCAAAGAGGUCGGUGGCGACGAGGAUGCGGUGGUUAAAGUCCUUGAACGACUUGUAGCGGGCAAUGCGCUC